GAAGGCGCCCGGCGUGCCCUCAGCAUGGCGGCGAUGCGAGCGCUGAGGGCGGCGGGGCAGCGGCGGCCGGGRCUCGGCCCCGCCGGGCUCAGGGCGUUCUGGGGCGGCCGCAGCAGGAAGGAGGAAAAAGAAGCAGAAGCAGACAGAGCAAUUGCUGAGAAGGAGGAGAGGAACGAGCCCAGCCUGAUCUGYCCCCCACCCCGCAGCCGGAAUUAUGUCCCUCCUGAAAACCUUCAGAGCUUCCUCGAAUCCCACGUCAGGGAGAUUUUUGGUCCCUCUCUCGCCCAGGACUGGCAGCAAACCCCACUGCAGGAGAACAGGCUGAAGUAUCACCUGCUGGCCCGGCUGGCAGCAGAGCUGGGACACGCUGUCCCCAAUUCCCAGCUGCACCAGAUGCGCCGUGCCGGGGAUGUGCUGGGYUUCUAUCGCAUCCCCGUGAAGGACGAGAGCAAAUUCGACGAACUGGCGGCUGCAGAGCUGCCCCCRAACCUGAAAAUCGUGUGGAAGCGAUGAAUCCCCCGCCAGAAAUCAUCCCCAUGUCUGGUUUGUGCUGCAGGGCAGCUCUGUUUGGGGUGAGAUGUGUGGAUUUCAUCAAUAAAGGUUCACUGAGCUGUGCUCAGGUUU